AUGCGCUUGUCAAACUAUCAGGUUGUUGUUCGAAGGCAGCCAACGACGAACAGCGACAAGGUGUCUUUCCUGGAGAAGGGAGAUCAGAUCACUGCCAUAGAGGCAUGCGCGUUAGCUUGGUGCUGUGCCAUGAAGCCAUCUGAAGUGCUUUCGGCGUCAAACUUGCAGAAGGCACGAACUCAGGAUCUUGGCCAUGGUGCACCGAUUCGAAGUGUAGUGCUCCCGGCCGCAUGCAGAUCCCCACAGGAGCUGCUGGUCAAUCCACAACCAGGUGUGGCGAUGGAACCACUCAGGGAUGUCCUGACCUUUCAGCCUCAACUCCGCAAGCCACGCAAGUCACAGGUGCCGCCUCCAGAGCAUCUUCGUGAUCGUGUUUUGCAGACACGGGUUCUGGAUGAUUCCUUGAAGGCUGACUGCCUGGAGCGACUGGCCGGUGCUGCCCAGCGGGCGCCCAUGGUUCGGAGAGCAUCAUGGUCAGAUGUCGCACCGCCUCCACCGCCCGAGAGCGAUGACGAGGUCAUAGAGUUCACAAAGGAGGAUCUCUUCAAGGAGGAUGCUCCGACGAUGGAGGAGCAACCUCAAAAGUCUCCGGAAGCCAGUGGGGAGGCCAGCAUGUUCGGAAGUCUGUGUUGUCAGACGCUCGAUGCGGAUCUCCGUGUGCUGACGCCCUCGGAGCGUUCGGCACCUUCUGAGCGACGGGAGGUCGCGUCAGUCGCUGCUAUGAAUCUGACGGAUCUUCUGGCAGAGAAUGAGAAACUCAGAGCGGCGGCAGGGCUGAGCGAAAAUGAACACUUCUCCUGGCGUCCCGGUGCGACUAUUCCGGCACACUCUGGGCUGCCGGUGGAGACCAGCCAGCCCCGUGGCUCUAUGUGCCGCAAGCGGGGCACCGAGGUAACAGACUUCUACGGUGACUGGAGCACAGGAUCUGCCCUCCAAAGGAGAGCUGUGAAGGAAAAAGAGGAUAAGUAUGGAAAAGUCUUCACAGAGCAGGGCAUCGAAUGGGCGAAGCUGGCCAAAGGUGCAUGUGCCAUACGCAGCCACAUGCAACAGGAGGUGCCGCUGGACCUAGCAGAAGAUGGCUUCGUGGCGACAGCCCUGGCGCCCUUCGGCACACAGCUGCGGAAGCAAACAGAAGCCAUUCAGGAUGGGGCGGCCAAUGCAGUGCUUUCGAAGAAGGUCAUCAACGAAGUCCUGUCCAUGAGCUCCGAUCCAGGGCUGCUGGUGGGCUUUCUUCCCGAGGUCAAUGUUGAGCACGACCUUCCUGUGUCUUCACCAGAGAUGGCUCCCAUGGAGUCGCUUGAUGUGGCUUCCAAGAAAGAGCUGCUGAAAUCCGGCCGCAAGGUGCCGCCUUCGCCUCCCAGGCCCCGGCCAAUGCCCGCUGUCGAGGUACCUUGGUUCAUGCUGGGGGAACCUGCCAUUGACACUUUGAGCAAUCAUCCCGUGAUGGAGACCAACCUUUUGAUUGGAGAACCCACGGCAGUCAAAGCUGCUCCGUUUGAAUCGCUCCCUGACUCGCAUGGAGACAAGGAUAUAAUCAACGUCAGGGUGGCGUCGCCGGCACAAGAGCAGCACCUCAAGCUUGGCGUAAGUCCAGUCCUGCUGGCUGCCAUCGACCAGGCCUGCAAGACCGCCUGA